CUUCUAUUGAUUUCUCUCCUCCAAGUCGUUCGUUGUUUCUCUCGACGUCACGGCGGAUCUCUCUCAAGCUGAGGUACGGUACGAAAGAAAGAAAGAAAGAAGAAGAAAAAAAUGUCGCAGAACGAUCUAGAUCUGGAAACGAUGAUCGACAUAGCGGCGGUGUUCAUCUUCGAAAACGGAGUUGAGUAUGAGGAGGAGCUAUUGGAAACGUUUCCAAGUUACAGCUUUGUGGAUAGCUCAGAUCCUAAUCACGGACUCUACCAGAAGAGGCUUAUGGAAUACAGGAACGGGACUCACGAUGAAGCUGUCAUCACUACUGGCGAAAUCGUUGAGCCACCUCCAGGUAAUAUCAAAACCCUAAUCGAGAGAACUGCGGAUUACGUUUCCAAAGAAGGUGACAAGGCUGAGAAGAUGAUCAGGGACUAUAAUUUCAACACUGAAAGAUACCAGUUUAUGAAAAGAUCAAAUCCUCUUCACGCGUUUUACCAGAAGAAGCUUGCUGAGUACCGUUCUCAAAAGGAUGAUGAUGAUGGUGAUGAAGUUGUUGUUGUUGUUGAUGAUGAGGCUGCAGCAGCAGCACAACAACCCUUACCCAAGCCUCAGUUCAUUAUUCUGCCUAAUUGUUUACAGUUGCGUCUUCCUCCAGAGAUGAGUCUCAGGGAGUUUGAUACGAUGAAGCUCACAGCUCACUUUGCGGCUUGGUAUGGGAGUGAGUUUUGGUUGGGUUUGGCUGAGAGAAAUCGUCCUGAGCUUGGGUUUAUGAACUCUACUGAUAGAAGCUUUCGUCAGUUUACUGAGCUUGUUGUUGCGUAUACCAAAGUGUUAACUCCCCUGCCUACUGAUGUGGGACAAGAGCUGAGUGAUAGUCCCGCUUUUCUGAAAGCCAUUAUUGAUGCUUUUCUCAAACGUAUUCAGUGGGAUCCUGCCCAGCAUUAUAAAUGGCUUGAAAGAGGAGAGCAGGCUAUGUUGGAUUGGCAUGCUUCUGUGGCCAAUGAUUUUGCUAACAAGGACCAGUUUCCACCGCUACCAAAGCAGCCUCCUCCUCCUCCACUACUUGAGGAACCUAAUCCAAAGAGGCAAAGGCUUGACGAGUCAGCGCCCCUUGUUCCAGAAGACCAGUUUCUUGCUCAACAUCCGGGUUCGUCUACAAUCAAGGUUUCGGUUCCCAAUGCUGAUGGUGGGCAAGUCGUCAUUGAGAUCACAGUGCAGUCGUUAUCGGAAAGCGUGGCAAGUUUAAAGGAGAAAAUAGCUGGGGAGAUCCAAAUUCCAGCAAGCACACACAAGUUAACUAGUGGAAAAGCCAGGGUUUUAGAGGACAACGACAAGUCUCUUGCACAUUACAAUGUUGGACCUGGAGAUACCCUAACUCUUUCUUUAUGAGUUGAUCCAUAGGGAAAUAAAUUCUUCUCAAUCUCCUAGCUCUUUUAAUGACUACUGUCUUUAGUAGUACAUGUUUAAAACUAUCUAGCUCUCUAGUGACUUAAGUUUGUGUUGGAUUCUUAUCUUAAGAGAUCCUUUAUAUAGACUAUAAUAUGGGAUGGCAUACUCGUACGUGGUCAUGGUUAACCUCUU